AUGGCCGGGCGGUGGAGGGAGCUGCACGGCAGCAACCACUGGGAGGGCCUGCUGGACCCGCUCGACUUGGACCUCCGGCGUUGCCUCAUCACCUACGGCGAGAUGAUCAUGGCCACGUACGAGGCGUUCAUCGGCGAGAGCCGGUCCCCGAACGCCGGGAUGUGCCGGUACCGCCGCGCCGACCUGUUCCGGCGCGUGGACGUGUCCCGCCCCAGGUGGUACGAGGCCACGCGGUACCUCUACGCCACGGCCAGCGCCGAGGUGCGCGGGAAGGUGCUCCUCCGGCCGCUCUGCCGGCAGCACCGAGCCAGGGAGUGCAACUGGAUGGGGUACGUCGCCGUGGCCACGGACGAGGGCGCCGCCGCGCUCGGGCGCAGGGACAUCGUCGUGGCGUGGCGCGGCACGCAGCGCGCGCUCGAGUGGCUGGCCGACCUCAAGCUCGCGCUCGCCUCGGCGGCGGGUAUCCUGGGUCCAGAGGGCGCCGGCGGCUCUGAUCCGUCGGUGCACCGCGGGUACCUGUCGCUUUACACGUCGGCCGACGAAGGUUCCAACCUGAGCAAGCAGAGCGCCAGAAUGCAGUUCAUAUCAUUUUAA